AUGGAGUGGUCUGGCCUUGAGGGGCUGGGAACCAAGUUUUUAGAGACGGUGAAACGAGUCUACAAAGAGCCCCGGUUUCUGUUCUACGCAAUUUCAACUCUUGAGGAUGUUCAGGGAGUGCUGCAGGAUAUUUUUGGUCACCUCGAAUUUGGUCCAUUAGGCGAAGAGGGAGUGCAGGUUGUUUGGAAUUGGAAAACUUCAAUGGAAAAACCCUGUGAGCGUUUGACCUCACUUCGCUGUAUGGAGAGUUUCAGUCACUUGCAUCAUCCUGGACAUCACCUUGAGAGAACAGUGCAGGAGGAGUUUGAGGAGAUCAUUAGGGAUAGCCCUGCAUAUGUGUUGGAAAUUGCUAAGAGAAGACUGAAACGUAAACGAGAACAUAAAGGUUUGCAGCGUGCAGAACUUGAACAUGAGCAGAGGAAUGUUUACGCAUUGCAGUUGGCAGAAAUCGUGAGGGAAGCAUGUUUGCCUGUGACAUUUCAGCUGGAAUUAUUGCAAGAUCCCAACAAGGCUUGGAUUCGUAUUUUUGGCAACCGGAGAUCGAAAACAUUGCGCAAUAGGCUUAGGGCUUGGCAGAAGUUUCGCAAUUGGUAUCUGGCCUUUUCAGGUGAAGUGUGGCCCAAGAGCAUAUCGCCGCUUGUGGCGUUUGUGGAAGAGCGCAUCGACGAAGGUUGCAGCUACUCUUGUCCAGGUGAACUCCAGGCCGCACUGACCGUCUUGGAGCAGGUCGGUAGGGUGCCCGAAGACAAACGAUGCUCAAACGAUGCAACAUGGAUGGCACAUUUGUCAAGUUGGAAGUUGGAGCUUGAGUCAAAGUCAAGGGUCCCCAAGCCGGCAAAACCCUAUACGGUUGCAAUUUUGGUGUCACAGGAAAUUUUUGUCAUGGAUGAAGAACAAGAAGUUUAUUUCAGGUUCAUUGCAUGGACAAUUCUACUGGCAUGCUGGACAUCAAUGCGUGUGGACGAUAUUCAGAAUGUGCUACCUGAAACAUUGAAGGUUUCGAAGAGAGGUUUCACUGGAAGGUUGGCCAGGACGAAGACAUCGGGCCCUGGAAAACUUCAUGGCCAGUUACCGAUUUUCAUUCGCAGAGAAAUCUCACUUACUGGUCAUGAUUGGCUUGCAACAGGGAUGGAAUUUACCAAGCUGGAUUCCUUCAUUUUCCCGAGGGACUACCUUGUCCCGGCACACAACGAUGCAUGGGAUGGAUUCUAUCCGAAACUGGUUGAGCCGCCGGCACUUUCAAAUUUGAUUCGCAUGGUUUUGGGCAGGUUAGGGACACCAAGGUUCCAAGAUGGAAUCUGGCGGACAAAUAAGGCGAUGCUUCUGGUGCCAGGAGACCUUCUUUUGUUUUGGACGGGCCAUAGCGCUCGACACUUCUUGAAUCAGGCGGCGCUGGCGCUGGGGGUGCCCAAAGAACGCCGAGAUUAUCUUGGACGGUGGGCUUUGGGCAGGACGGGCAGCAAUGCCUACAUCCACACAGCGAGGCAAGUGGUUGAAACCAUUCAGCUUGAUGUGAUGAGGGCGUUAACCACUGGAAGUGCUGAGAUUGAUGAAACAGAGCUGUUAGAUGAGGUGACCCAAUUUGCUGAUGACCAUGGCCUGAUAGGACAUAGGAUCCGCCGCAGGCAUACCCAACAGCUCACCAGGGACCUCCCCGUGCUGCACUCAGAGGAACCUGAUACAGACCAUGAAACAGAGGACUUGGAUGAGCCUGAACUUGCAAAGACAGUCGGUGAAUUAGAAAAACAAGACUGUGAAGAAGGGAAGCUUGAGAGUGAGAGCUCAAGCACCUCGGGAGAGUCAUCUUCCACGGAGUCGGACAAGACACCGGAACCUCAAGAGGAGGUAGAUCCCAACUCUGGAGCUGACCAACGAGCUGAAACAGCUAAGGUGGUGAGCGCUUGGACGGCAGGAAGACAACUUUACGAGAAAGAAACGGAGUUGCAUGCAGAAAGUAAGGUGUUGGGGAUGCCCAGGAACCUUCAACAUAGCGAGCGGCAAGCAAUGCUGAAAGCAGUGGAAGCUGCACUUGAAGUUCUCCCUGAACACGAUACACCCAGCUCUGAGUACCUUGCAAUGAAAGUGGAAGAAUGUGAAAACGGGGAGAUCUUGGCCUCCUCCCUUGACGAGAUCACAAGCAAAACCCACAAGAAUACCUCUUCCCUGCAGACUUCGUUGGAUACAGCGGGCCAUGUACGAGUGGUGAAAAACAAAUCAAAAGGGACACUGCCCAACAAUACUGAAGAGUAUAGGCAAGCUUUGAAGUUAGAGGCAGUGACAUGGAUGUGCAUGGCUGCGAAGUUCAAGUCGAAACACUGGUUGUCAGACCUCAAAGCAGAUCAUUUUCAACGAUUUGUGGAAUACAUCCUGGGUGACAGGGUCAAUGCCAAUAAGGUUCCUUAUGACAACCAGCAUGUGGCAAUCAAACCCAAUUGGGCACUGGUGCUACAGUACGAGCAUCGAUUGCGGCGGGAGGCAUUCAAACUUGUCAAUCGUGGAGAAGCAACUUUGGGAGAUGCCUUGGUGCGAGUGACAAAAGAUCCAGAUCUCAAAGAAGCCUAUUUUACAACGCCGCUGGCUUUGACAACAGCAGAGACACCAGUUAAGUAUCAGAAGACUUCACAGAAGGGAAACAACGAAUGGACCAACCGUCAGAAGGGCAAAGGCAAGGGAAAAUUCCAACAACACAAGGGUUUUGGAAAAGGUGCCAAGAACAAUGCAUCAAAGGGAAAGCACGGCGAUUUGAGCCUGGUUGCACAAACCCCGGACGGACGGGACAUUUGCUUUGCAUUCAACUCACAAGGUUGGCCGCAGUUUGACGAAGACCGCAGUUACUUGGGACCACUUCCUGCUGCAUGCUCACAUCCGUUUCAUGUCAGAAAACUUAUCGGGAAAGAAAACGGCAAAUGGAAAACAGCAGAUGCGGCGGCCUACCCGCCUCCACUUUGCAAAUGGCUGGCACAACUCAUCGUCUCACGAAAGGGGGAAAGUCUCUCUGAGUUGAACAAGCAGCCAGAAAGGCCUCUUGAAAGGCUUGAAAGACCCGUGCAAACCCAGGCACACCACGAGGCAACAGCAGUGGAGGAAAGCCAACACCAAGCAACACAGGAGGCAGAUCAGGAUGUUCCUUCAGAAGAACAAACGGCAGGUCAAAACACAAAAGCAGAUGUGAGACAGCACUUGCAUCGGGGGCAGAAGAUCACUCUGGAAUGGGCCGGCAGAGCAAGGGAGCUGGUGGAUGGUUUCGGUUUGUGCUCACCCACUUUAUGGGAACCAUCAUGCAGAGGAGCACACAUGAGCGCGGAGGCAAAAGGUUUGUGCAUGGAGAUUUUUGAGAUGUUGUCAACAUUUGUGGACAAGAAGUUUGCGGACCCGCGCAGAGAAGCAAUAAAACUUGGUCUGGGCCAUUUUUCUUCAUCCCCAUUCACUGACAAGGAGCUGGAAGGGCUGAGGCGCAGCUGGGCGGCUUUGUUGCCUUCAAAAGACAUGGCAAUGGUGGUGCCUGAAAGACAACCUUUCUUGCUUGGCCUUGUAGGCCAGUCUCUGGAGGCCUUUGGGGACCCUGAUUACUCCGUUUACAUGGAGGGCACGGAUUCAUUUUGGAAUGGAGUGCCGGUGGGCUACGACGAACCGUUGCCAAGAAUCCCAGCCGUUUUUCCACCAAAGGAAAAGGCCCGCCCGCUGGACGACUCGGAGUUUAAUAACAUGGCCUGCAACUACAAAUCCGCUGAGGGCAUGGCAGAUGAUCUAGAGAAGAAAUUUCGAGAAGAGGAGCAACUGGGACGAAUGGUGCCUACUACUCUUGGACGUCUCAAAGCAGACUUCCCAGACAGGACUCCUUUGGUUGCAGCUAUGGGAGCAAUUAGGAAGCCAAACGGAGAUGUGAGGCCACUCCAUGAUGGCACUCAUUUCGUCCAGCUCAACAACCAAAUCAUUUUUCAGGAUCAACUUCAGUACCCUGGCCCGGAGGAUGCAGCACAUAUGGUGAGACACAUCCAAGAGGAACAGGAGGCUGUGUUUGCGCUCUCAGCUGACAUCGCUUCAGCACACCGCCUGGUGAAGAUCAGGAGACGUGACUGGCCGCUGCUGGGAUGCAAGGCUCGCUCUGCAGAUAAAACGAUUUGGAUAAACUGCGUGGGGACUUUUGGGAUUUCCUCGGCUUCUUACUGGUGGAGCAGAUUGUUCUCUGGUAUUGGGCGCCUGGCAGCUUACAUCAUGCAACAGCAGAAUUGGUGGCAACUGGUUUAUGUUGACGACUUGCAUCUGACUUGCCUUGGUGCUAGGAAGUUUGUGAACAUGUGGAUUAUCCUCUUGAUUUACGAGCUGGUAGGGACUCCGUUCUCCUACAAGAAAUUCUCAGGUGGUUUGAAGGUGCAGUUUGUUGGAUACCUCUUGGACUAUCGGGAGUGCCUUAUUGGGAUCACAAAGAAGCGUGGCGAGUGGCUCGUGAAUUUCAUUGAGGAGAUGCGGAAAGCUGGAGGGACUGUCCUUUUGAGGCGGUUCAAUGAAUUUGUUGGACGAUUGGGUUUUGUGGCAAGGGUCCUGGUUUGGCUUAAACCUUUCAUGGCCCCCUUGUAUGCUUGGUCAUCGGUUUUGGACAGGGCCUGGUUCUCAGUGGAGCUACGGCCAGAGCAAGCCCCCUACCUGUUUAAAGAUGGGGGGGAGUCACAGUGGGCCUCAACAACUGCAGAGUUAUUGGCCGUGCUGGUGGCGCUUCAUCUUUUCGGCUUUGUGGGCGGCCCAGUGAAACAUGUCACGACGCCCAUCAAGAUUUCAGCUGGCACUGACAAUCUGGCGAAUGAACAUCUCAUCAAAAAGGGACUGACAACUCGCUGGCCUUUGUGUUUGGUGUAUAUGCAAAUGACCAAAGCGCUCAUGGAUUCGAGAUUGAUGGUGCAACUGAACUGGCGGCCGCGUGACCAGAACGCCCUGGCCGAUGCCCUGACGAAUGAGGACUUUUCGGGAGUGGACAUCCAGAAGCGUAUUCACGUUGACUGGACGAAACUCGAUUUUUCUGGGAUUUGGAAACUUUGGAAUGAACGCAAUGCUUAUCUGGACAAGGUUCUGAUGGUUCUUACAGAACAAGAGCUCGUGACGCAGGUCGCAUUUAUUUCAAUGCUGGUGGCAUUCAUCCAAGUGGACAUCACUACCAAUGCUGACAACUUACAAGCUGUUGAGAACGUGGCAUCGCUUCUGAAGGCGAUUUUGGAGUUCGUGGGAGAGACACUAUCUCUCAAAUCUUUCUCCAUGUUAUGGAGAUGUGGUACUGAAGCCCUGCUGGACAUGGAAAACCAGUAUUUUCCAGAUCUUCCAACGGAGACGCCACGGCAUCUCGUGGCUCCUAAUCAUCCAUUACCUUUGACUUACUUGAAUAUGUCGGAUUGGAACCAACACGUUCCACGCAUCCAACCUGGUUUUAUGGCUCUCGUGGCAAUCAAGAAAUGGCUGGAGGCGAAUUACUCUUCAGAGGUACAUGAUGAUAUUUUUCAUGAUUUGGAUGAUUCCAUCCUGCUCCUGAAAGCGGUGGCAGAUAUUUGUGGACACGAACUUCGUUUCCGUGAUGAGUUUCUGGCUUAG